GAUUGAUAUUUGGUGGCAGUCAAUUUUUGGAAAUCAUUUAGGGUGGUGGUUUGGGUGCGGCACAGUUGCCUUACACUAUCUUCUCUCUCGAAGAUAUAGUAAAUGUGGAUUACUGCAGUAUAGUAGUGGGAGCUUAAGUACCUUUUUAAAGAGACAUGUUGGUCCUUCAGAAUGCUGUCGAAAAGAGUGCCCAGUAGAUAUUUUUGUGGAGUUGUUAUCAUCGUUGGAAAAAGAGCACAGAACUGGGUUAACAUUGAAUGGAAGAGCCAGGCUCCUAUCUAAUUGGAUUUGCUAG